AUGGUCCUCCUUGGCGGCGACCUCUUCCACGACAACAAACCCUCCCGCAAGUCCAUGUACCAAGUGAUGCGCAGCCUCCGCAAGAACUGCCUGGGCCCCCGACCCUGCGAGCUCGAGUUCCUCAGCGACGCCAGCGAUAACUUUGAAGGCGCCUUCAACCACGUCAACUACGAGGACCCCGACAUCAACAUCUCCAUACCCGUCUUCUCCAUCCACGGCAACCACGACGACCCCAGCGGCGAGGGCCACUUUUGCUCCCUCGACCUGCUGCAGGUCGCCGGCCUCGUCAACUACUUUGGCCGCAUCCCCGAGGCCGACAACAUCGAGGCCAAGCCCAUCCUCCUCCAAAAGGGCCGCACGAGGCUCGCCCUGUACGGCCUCGGCAACGUGCGCGACGAGCGCAUGUUUCGCACCUUUCGCGACCACAAGGUCAAGUGGUUCCGCCCCAACGUCGAGGCCGCCGACUGGUUCAACCUCUUGACCGUCCACCAGAACCACCACGCCUACACCGCCACCUCGUACCUGCCCGAAAACGUCCUUCCGGACUGGAUGAACCUCGUCGUCUGGGGCCACGAGCACGAGUGCGAGAUCGACCCCGCCAGAACCCCGAAACAGGCUUCCACGUGA